AAAGCAGUAGCAGUUGGAGAACCAUUUCAGUUUAGCAGCAAUAUUCUCUGGACUUUAGUGAAACCGGCUGGAAUAAAUUGUUAAAAUAAUUAUAUUUUUAUAAAAUAAAGUGAUAAAUAAAAUGGCAAACCCACAACUGGAACCUAAAUACACUAAACUCUUUAUCAACAAUGAAUUUGUUGAUGCUAAAUCGGGCAAAACAUUCCCCACCUAUAACCCAGCAACCGAAAAAGUGAUUGCUCAAGUUGCAGAAGGUGAUAAGGCUGAUGUUGAUUUGGCUGUAGAAGCUGCCAAAAAAGGUUUCCACAGAAAUUCAGCUUGGCGUAAAAUGAGUCCUUUACAACGUACCGAAUUAAUGAUGAAACUUUGUGAGUUAAUGGAACGUGAAAAGAAUUUAUUGGCCAGUUUGGAAAGUUUGGAUAAUGGCAAACCUUUUGCUGAGGCCUUAUUCGAUGUGGAAAUUUCUAUUAUGACCUUGAAAUACUAUGCCGGCUGGACCGAUAAAUUCUUUGGUGACACUAUUCCUGCUGGUGGUUUCAUUUCGAUGACCAAAAAAGAACCCAUUGGUGUGGUUGGUCAAAUUAUUCCCUGGAAUUAUCCAUUGCUUAUGUUGUCCUGGAAAUGGGGUCCUGCCUUGGCUGUUGGUUGCACUAUUGUCAUGAAGCCCGCUGAACAAACUCCCUUGACCGCUUUGCACAUGGCCGCCCUGGCUAAGGAAGCUGGUUUUCCUCCUGGUGUUAUUAAUAUUAUUACAGGUUAUGGUCCCACUGCUGGUGCUGCCAUCUCUGAGCACCCCGAAAUACGCAAGGUGGCCUUUACCGGUUCAGUGGAUAUUGGCCGUGUCGUUAUGGAAGCUGCAGCUAAGAGUAAUUUGAAGCGUGUCUCUUUGGAAUUGGGCGGCAAGAGUCCCAUUUUUGUAUUCGAUGAUGCUAAUGUUGAUUUGGCCGUUGAUAUUUGCCACGAUGCCUUAUUCUCCAACCAUGGCCAAAGUUGUUGUGCUGGUAGUCGCACUUAUGUCCAUGAAAAGAUUUAUGAUGAAUUUGUUGCUAAGGCUGCAGCCAAAGCUAAAGCUCGUAAAGUUGGUAACCCCUUUGAUGAGUCUGUUUUACAAGGACCCCAAAUCGAUAAGGAGAUGUUGACUAAAGUUUUGGGCUUCAUUGAGAGUGGUAAACAGCAAGGCGCUAAAUUACAAUGUGGUGGCAAACGUAUUGGUGAUGUUGGCUUCUUUGUUGAGCCUACUGUUUUCUCGGAUGUGAAAGAUGAUAUGAAAAUUGCCCAAGAAGAAGUAAGUUUCAUAGUUUAGAACUUAUUUGGAUCU